AUGAAAGAAGGGCAACAAGCGGUUGGACUGUUGUGUAGUGAUGCACGACUUGUUGAGUAUUAUGUACGUCUUAUAACAAAAAUUCAACGUUUUCAACUGAAAGCGAUUUGGUGUCCAGAUGCAGAACGUAGCAUUCAGUUGGCAGCGGACAACGAUGUUCCAUCAGUAUCUCAUACAGCAUAUCAGUUGAUCUCAAGAGCUGACACACAAGUGGUCAUUAUUGCCGCGUCGAAAAAGAGUGUGAUCUGCAUCGGUGCAGCGGCAUUGACGAUUGAAUGCGCAAGCGCAAUGAACGAGUUCGCGAAUCGUUUCGCGUGUCAUCCACUGAAUGUCGUCUAUCCACUCAAAUAUUGCACACCAUUCGCAAUAUUGCACUCAUCACUGAAUAAGAUUGGUACUCUACAAAACAUUUAUGUGGAAAUGACAUUCGAAGAGCGUAUUUGUGAGAAAGAACGUCUUUGCUAUGAUGCACUAACGACACUGCAUAAAUAUGGUCAUGAGAUAAUUGAUGCGUUAGCAUGGUUAUGUUCAUCAUGUGAACUGCGAGCCAUUGCGGUAACGCAUCGUGAACGUAGUUCGGUGGUGAAUCAUUUUCGUUUACGAGAACUGGACAUAGCGCAUAUGCAGAUUGCAUUCGGUUGUACAGUGGCAACGAUUCGUUUGACUGCGUCCAGUGCUGAUUCGUUAUCGAUACGUUUACGUGGUCAUUUGGCGACGUUGUAUAUGGAUGCGAAAACGAUCACUAUUGAUCAUUUCGAUGGACAGAAUGUCUUGUGGAGCGGUGACGGUUGUGUGGAAUCGAUUAUUCAUGAUGGUAUCGCGAACGCUUUAAAGACUCAACAACCACUCAGUGGUCCUUCGGAAUAUUCACUUGUUCAAUGUAUUUCCGCAUCUCUCUUACAAUAA